CGAGUGGAGGGUAUCGAUCUAGGGUGUCAUUUCGCGCGUGUCCUCCGUUCCCCUUGCUGUAUAUAUUGCAUCUGUGCCUUUCACCACACCCGCCCGUCCUCAAUCCCGAGCAUGUGGAAUGCCAUGUCGAAUGCCCGUGGAAAGGAUCGACGGGCUCCGCGUGUCUCGAAACAACCGGCGGCCGUUCCACAUUCUGCCGCGCCCCACCGCCCAUACAUGGAGACACGCAGCAUCAACGCAAUCCCGCCUCACGUUGACCUGAUCCAGCAAACUGCUUGAAUGCUGUCCGUCUUCUUCCGUCUUUGAUCGUUCCCUCGAGGGCCAGUUUACCCCGUUAUCCCCGCGCGCUUUCCGCCCCCAUGGAGCAGCAACCUCUCCAACCGCAGCAGGGCGACCUGAAUUGGCGUCUCAGCUCCCACCCGAUCACCCUCAUGUUCUUCCUGGGAUUCCGCAUCAGCGCCCUGCUGAUGUACCUCUUCGGCGUUCUAUUCAUCAAGAACUUCGUUCUCGUCUUCAUCCUGACCCUCCUGCUCCUCUCCGCCGACUUCUACUACCUCAAGAACAUUGCCGGCCGUCGCCUGGUCGGCCUCCGCUGGUGGAACGAGGUCAACAACGGCAGCGGCGACUCCACCUGGGUGUUCGAGUCCUCGGAUCCCACCACCCGCACCAUCACAGCCACCGACAAGCGCUUCUUCUGGCUCAGUCUAUACGUGACCCCCGCGCUGUGGAUCGCACUGGCUGUUUUGGCCAUCAUUCGACUGAGCAGUGUUAUCUGGUUGAGUCUUGUUGCCAUCGCCCUCGCCCUAACCAUCACCAACACAGUCGCCUUCUCCCGCUGCGACCGCUUCAGCCAGGCGUCGACGUUCGCCAACAGCGCGCUGUCCGGAGGCAUCGUGAGUAACCUUGCCGGAGGGAUGCUGGGCAGGCUCUUCAAGUAAACUGGACUGGCAGACACAAUAAUCAGCGCGAGCUACCGCUGCUAUUUGGGAUUCAUACUGCGUGUGGGUUCCAUUCGUUCGUUCUCUUUUUCGUCGAUGCCGUGUGUGCCGCACGUUUCGUGUCCCCUGGUUUGGGUUCUGUGAUGUGUUGUAGGUUUACCGUGUAGGUUAUAGCGGAGUCUUCUUAGAUCAAUUUUAUUAUUGUCUUUCUUUUCUUUUCGA